UCCUCUUCUGGAAAUGUCCACUCUCCCCUUUAAAUCAUGGAGAUCCCAUUCUCUUUUUCACAGAAUACACUCUCUUUCUACUACAAUUCCAUCCCUACCAAACAGAUCACCCUAGCACGUACAGCUCCAUUUUCGCUCAAACGGUUUAACCAACAACAAUGUCACAAGCUCUAUCCAAUUUCAGCUUCUUUCUCCCUUUGUCACCUGGGAGAAGAACCAAAACUCUUCCAAUCAACGGUGGAGGUUUGAGCUUGAAGGCCAUGGCAAACGAAGCCAGAGACAACCUCGACCACUUGCAGAGAGUCACCAAGCAACACCAACAACCACAGCAAAACCAAUCCAAGAAGAGAGUCGCCCCUACCCCGCCCGUAGGACUAUGGGACCGGUUUCCAACUGCAAGGACAGUUCAGCAGAUGAUGGAGACCAUGGAGAGGAUGAUGGACGACCCGCUUGUCUAUUCGGGUCAGUCGGGCGUGUGGGCUCCGCCGUUGCCGACCGAGACUGGCGGGUACGGCAGGGGAAGGACACCGUGGGAGAUCAAAGAAGCUGAAACAGAGUACAAGAUGAGGUUCGACAUGCCCGGAAUGACCAAAGAGGAUGUCAAGGUUUGGGUGGAGGAGAAAAUGCUGGUGGUUAAGGCUGAGAAGGCGGUCAAGAAGAAAGAUGGUGGUGGAGUCGAGGAAGAAGAACAAGGUGAAGAGUGGUCGGUUAGGAGUUAUGGAAAGUACAGUAGUAGAAUUGCAUUGCCGGAGAAUAUUCAGUUUGAGAAGAUUAAGGCUGAGGUUAAAGAUGGGGUUUUGUAUAUCACUAUUCCUAAAGCUAUGAGCAGCACCAAGAUUUUGGACAUUAAUGUUCAAUGAUAGAAUCACAUGUAGCUGAGGAUUAGGAUUAUGUUUCUCUUGUAUUUAAUUCAAGUUUUGAAAGUGUGUUCAGAAUGAAAGGGAUCAAUUAUGCAAAACAGAGUUGGUUCUUGUU